AUGGAGGCGGGGGAUAUUCCCUCUUGGAGAACAGCAGCGCAUGCCUACAGAGAGGAGCUCAGUGCUGCAGUGACGAAGUUGAAAGAUGUAUUGAAAAGAUUUGAGACCCUGGACAAAUUUGGAGGUUGGGCUGCUAACAGUAUCGGAAUGACAUCUAGGAAUAUAAAAACGGUAGAUUAUCGCGAAUGUUUAUGCAUGAUUCUGCAUGAUGCUAUUUUCAAAUGUUAUAGAACCAAGCCAUUCUCUUGUCAGACCUCGAAAUUGGUGACUUCAGGGUUUCCGGCUGGGGAGCUUGCAUAUUUCAACAGAGUCUUGCCGCCUGCCGUCAUGUCGUGGAAAGAUUGUGACAAUCUCAUCGCAAGUCCUCACAUUGACCAUUAUAUUUCUACCAUCAUUACAAUAGAUGGCGAUGCAUCUUACUCUCAAUGCGUUGGCGGACAAAGUAAAACACCUGUUAUUCGGAAAGAUUAUGAGCGCGGAGCAUAUGAAUGCCACACGGACUGGCGUGAGUUGGAUGUAUCCUCUUCUUUAGAAAUUAAAGCCAGAGAGAAGAAUUUUCAUUUAAUGGAAAGUAUUACUGUAAAGGUUAUGAUUCUGGCUAUUAGAUAUUGUCAGCAACUCCAAUCACUAUGUCUCACACCAAGAAAGCCACAGGUAUGCACACAAUUAAAGAAAUGCUUUGCCUCCACACAAGAACUACAACAGCUAAGAAGCCUUGUUUGGGUUUCUGAAAGAACUUACAAAGAUGUCUUUGACUCAAUUGCAACAGUAGCAUGCAAUCUAGAGUCAAUCUUAAUUAAUUGUCAUACAAAAAGGUUUGAUGUUAGACAAGGAUCCCUAGACAAUGUAUACAGACUGAUACAAUCACAACAUCAGCUCAAGGCUUUCACAGUUGAGUGCAUCAAAUCCAAAUUGUCUGCAAUAUUACAGCUGCUAAAAGCUUGUAUGCAUUCUCUGCAAUCAAUCACACUGAAUUUUGUGUCACUUGAUUCUGACAGUCUUGAUUUCGAGUCAAUGGUCUUCCCUCAAUUAAAGACUAUUAAAGUGAAAACGUUUGGUGAUCUAACAGUAGAGAAUUUUGGAUCAAUUGUAAAAGUAGACUUACCAAGUUUGGAACAUCUUAUUUUUGAACAUGCUACUGUUCCAGAUGAAAUUCUCAAAGGUAUUAUUAGAAAUUAUGGAUCAACAUUACACACAUUGAGCUUGGGGAAAACAACUCUCCAUGAGGGGAUGUGCAAAUUGAUCUUGAGAGUUUGCCAAAAUCUUAAACAUCUAUCUGUACCCAUAUCAUCUAAAGAAACUGCAUUUUCAAUUGCUCAUUUGGUCUCUGCUUUGCCUAAAUUGAAUUCUAUUGCAUUGAAUAAUGAGGAAAAAUUAGCUGAUGAUACAGUUGAUGUUUAUUUUAAUCAUUUGGCUAAUUAUAAGCUUUCCCAUUUAACUCAACUAGAAUUGCACAAGGUAGUUGUCUUUAAGGCUGCUUCAUUAGAAAAUUUUCUAUCCAGAUCUACUCCUCCUCUCACCAAGUUAAUUAUUUCAAAUGAGUUCAAGUUUAAUGAUAGUUAUUGUGAUACAAUUCUUAACUAUCUAAGUGGCACACUUAAGGUUUUGAGAGUUGCAUAUGAUGAGAGACUUAAACCUUCUGAUGAUUAUAUUAAAAAAUUUAAAAAUGCAAUUGAAGAUUUUGGGCCAUACAAGCCUGAUGAAAAGCUUCAUGCCUGA